AUGAGUUCUAAUUCCAAUUUGACCCCAGUUUUGAAGUCGUCAGAUAUCUCUGAUGAAAUAAAGGAUGAGAUCUUCAAGAUAAGUUUAGAUGCUGUGGAGAAAUACCAGCUGGAACGUGAUCUUGCCGGAGCUAUUAAGAAGCAAUUGGAUGUUAAAUAUGGUAAUACUUGGCAUGUAAUUGCCGGUAAAAGUUUUGGAAGUUAUGUCACUCAUGAAAAGGGCCAUUUCAUUUACUUUUACAUCGGUCCAACUGCCUUCCUGGUGUUCAAGACUGCUUAA